AUGAACCCCAGAACCCGCUCUUCGCUCCGUGCCCUUGCACGCCAGGGAGAGUCUGCAGACGAUCCCCAGGACCUUCAGGACAACCAGCCCUCCGAUGAUCAGCCAGUGGAGGAACAGGAAGAGGGAUCCCCUGAAGAAGAAAAACUGUUCCAUAAUUCGGAGCAGGUAACAGACGAUAUUGAUACCGAUCAAAUCCCUAUGACCAAAGAAAGGUUCCUAGAGGAGAUCAAGAAGAAUCCAGAAGUGGUCUACGAGGUCAUGAGAGGCAUGCAUGAGCUCGAGAUCAAAAGAACAAAUAAGGCCCGGAAAGACACUGCCGACCUAACCGCUGAACGUAAUGCUAUCGCUGUAAAAUGGGCUCUCUCUAAAGAUCGAGCCGACACUUCUGGUUACCGAUUUACUAAGAUUCCUGACCCGCCGAUGCUGAAUAACGGCGAAAACCCAUCCUUUGAGAAUUGGCAUCGCUGUAAAGGGGAUACUCGUCGACAUAUAUUCCCGCGUCUCGAGAUUCAGGACUAUCGUGACUUUGAUGAAAUCCUGAGUCAUUUGAAAAGCAUCUUCGUGGACCCGAAUAAGGCCCGCAACGUUCGCCAGAAGUUCAACUCUAUUAGGAUGGCUGCCUUUAAAGACUACUACACCUUUGCUUUAGAGUUCCAGUACCUUGCGGUCGAAAGCCGGAUCGAUCGUAAUACCUGGAAGGAGAGCUUCUUUUUCGCUUUUCCUGAUAAAGUGCAGCGAAUGGUAGCUUACGCCUUUAACGAUAACAAUCGAACCUUUGGAGACUUUACUCAUGAAUGUGCCAAGGUGGCCGACCUCUGGGUAGACCUGGCUAGGAACCGCGAGUGA